AUGGCGGAUCCCAACGAGGUUACUGCUGUAUCGGCGCCGGGAAAGGUUCUGCUGGCCGGUGGCUAUUUGGUACUGGAUCGAGCCUACACCGGUCUUGUUUUCGGACUCAGCGCCCGCAUCAACGUGGUGGCACAGGCGGUCAAGACCAGUCCCGGCGUCCAGCUGUCCGACAUUGUUGUCGAGAGCCCUCAGUUUCUCGAGGCCCAAUGGACCUACGGCUACCACCUGGCCGAUGACGAUGGCGGAAUUCAGAUCACCCAGCUACGUGUCGGCUCUGCCGUGCCGGCCAACCCGUUCGUCGAGACCACGCUGUCCUACGCCCUGACCUACGUCUCGCGCUUGGCGCAUCUCAGCCCGACCCAGAGCAUCAAGCCGUCGCGGCUGAGCAUCUUGGCCGACAACGACUACUAUUCCCAGCCCCCGUCUGCGUCUUCAUCGGACACUGCCUCGUCGGCUGGCCGCUUCGCCCGCUUUCCCACCAGGCUUUCCGAAGCCCACAAGACUGGCCUUGGCUCCUCGGCCGCUCUAGUCACUUCACUCACCGCCGCAAUUCUCAGCCACUACCUGCCGGCCACGCUCUUCGAUCUGGCCUCACAGGAGGGCAAGAGGACGCUGCACAACCUGGCCCAGGCUGCCCACUGUGCUGCCCAGGGCAAGGUGGGUUCUGGCUUUGACGUUGCCGCUGCCGUGCAUGGAUCGUGCACAUAUCGCCGGUUCUCGCCCUCGGUGCUAGCCAACAUCCCAGAGCCUGGCUCCCCCGGCUUCGGUGCGGCUGUCGAGAGAGUGGUUGCCGGUGUGGAUGCCGCCAAGGAUGGCCCACACUGGGACACUGAGAUUGCCAAGGCGAGCGUGGCUCUCCCACCCGGUGUCGCUCUUCGCAUGUGCGAUGUGGACUGCGGCUCGCAGACGGUCGGCAUGGUCAAAAAGGUUCUCGCGUGGCGCAGCAGCAACCCGGAGGGAUCAAAGGCCCUCUGGGACACGCUCCAUGGCUACAACAACGAUCUCGCCACUGCACUCAAGGAGCACAAGACCGAAAAGCUGCGCCCAAUCAUCGAGGCGAUUCGGAGCUUGGUUCGCAAGAUGGGCUCUGAAAGCGGCGUCCCCAUUGAGCCAGACACCCAGACAGCUCUAUUGGAUGCUCUGAACCAGGUGGAGGGCGUGUAUGGCGGCGUGGUUCCUGGCGCUGGCGGCUACGAUGCGGUCUCCCUACUCGUCAAGGACGACGAAGCCACAGCUGCCAGACUGGAAGCUUUCCUGGAGAAAUGGAGCAAGGAGAGUGGCGGCAGAGUGCGCCUUCUCGCUGUCAAGGGCGAGAUGGAGGGGGUCAGACAUGAAGACAAAAGCAUUUACACACAAAGAAGCGAAGAAAGCGAUAGCAAGAUGUCGACGAUGGACCUGGACGCGCCAGUCCCUAUGGCGUCGUCAGCAGACGAUCAAGCCAUUGCCACAAUUCUCUGCUACAAUUGUGGUGCACCAAUAGAUGGCACAACAUCGUCGGGCGCGCUGUGCUACGACUGCAUCAAGAUGACGGUGGACAUCUCGCAGAACAUCCCGCGCGAGGCCAACGUGCAGUUCUGCCGAGACUGCGACCGGUGGUUCCUGCCGCCCAGCCAGUGGGUAGUGGCAGCGCCGGAGUCACGGGAGAUGCUGGCGAUGUGCCUUAAGCGGCUGCGCGGGCUGAACAAGGUUCGGGUGGUGGAUGCGAGCUUCAUCUGGACGGAGCCCAACUCGAGACGAGUGCGGGUGAAGCUCACGGUACAGGAGGAGGUGUCGGACGGAGUGCUGCUGAACCAGAGCUUCGAGGUGAUGUACACGGUCAGCACACACCAGUGUCCAGAGUGUGCCAAGUCGUACACGCACAAUGUGUGGCGGGCGUGCGUGCAGGUGCGGCAGAAGGUACAGCACAAGCGGACCUUUCUCUUCCUUGAGCAGCUCAUUCUCAAGCACGGAGCCCAUCGCGACACGCUCAACAUCAAGGAGGCCAAGGAGGGUCUGGACUUUUUCUUUGCGCAGCGCAACCAGGCGACCAAGUUUGUCGACUUUCUCAAGUCGGUCGUGCCGGUGCACGUCAAGAACUCGCCGGAACUGGUGUCGGAGGACACGCACACGGGCUCCAAGUCGAUGAAGUUUGCCUUUUCGGUCGAGCUGGUGCCAAUCUGCAAGGACGACCUGGUGGCGCUGCCGCUGGUGCUGGCCAAGCGGAUCGGCAACAUUGCGCCGGUGGCGCUCUGCUACCGCAUCGGCACGGCCAUCAACCUGCUGGACCCGGCGACGCUGCAGACGGCCGAGGUGCCGGCAUCGAUCUACUGGCGUGAGAAGGUGCCGUUCACGCCGCUGACGGACGCGCAGCAGCUGGUCGAGUUUGUUGUGCUGGACAUUGAGCCGGUCGGCGUGCGCAAGGGCCGCUGGCAGCUGGCCGAGGCCACCGUGGCCCGGGCUUCCGACCUGGGCAGCAACGACAACACGUACUUUACGCGCACGCAUCUGGGCGGCCUGCUGCAUCCGGGCGACUCGGCCAUGGGCUACCUGCUGAACGGGACCGUGUUCAACAACCAGCAGCUGGACGAGAUCGAGCAGUCGCACGCCUACAGCAGCCUGGUCCCGGACGUCGUCCUGGUCAAGAAGCACUACCCGAACCGACGCAAGAACAAGCGGCGGAACUGGAAGCUGCGUCGCAUGGCCCGCGAGGAGGGUGACCUGCUGCCGAAGAAGGCCGACCAGGAACGCCUCGACGCCGAGUACGAGAUGUUCCUGCAGGAUGUCGAGGAGGACGACGAGCUGCGCGCCGCCCUCGCGCUCUACAAGAACCCCGGCCAGACGGCAGCGGCCGACGCGGCACGGAAACAACGCCAUGCGGCCGCACAGCAGAUGGAUGUCGAGGCAGAAGCCGCGGACGAUGGCGCCGAGGGCAUGGACGAGGACGGCGACGAGGACGAAGGGGACGAAGGGGACGAUGGGAUCCCCAAGGUCAGCAUGGACGAGCUGCUCGACGACCUCGACGACCUGGCCAUUCAUGACGAGGAGUGA